AAAUGGACAAGCUGAAAAAGUUUAAAGGGACUUCCCUCCCAUUGUAUAGGGGCUUCAGCUGCCAGCCAGAACACACACACUGACCAGUAUGGAGGGCGUCUUACUGUGCUGGGAAGCCCAGAGAGAGCUUAGGGCACUGGCUGAUCCUGUCCUGCUGCAGAGCCAGGUCCUGGAGAGGCUGCUGGCAGCCCAGGAGAGGUACAUCCCAUCCCCAACAUACUUCCAGAGUGUGCAGAAAGAGAUCCACCCAUAUAUGAGGAAAAUGCUGACAAGCUGGAUGCUGGAGGUAUGUGAAGAUCAGCGGUGUGAAGAGGAGGUCUUCCCUUUGGCUGUCAACUGCCUGGACAGGUUCCUGUCUGUGGUUCCUGUAGAGAAGCGGCGGCUUCAGCUUUUGGGUGCAACGUGUCUUCUGCUGGCCUCAAAACUCAAGGAAUCCAGUCCAGUGUCCACUGAAAGCCUGUGCAUGUAUUCCGACUACUCCUUCACCGGCCGGGAGCUGCAGUCUAUGGAGUUACUGGUGUUAAACCAGUUACACUGGAACAUGGAGGCAGUGACGCCGCGAGACUUUCUUCCCCAUUUCCUGGCGCUGCUGAAUCUGCCGGCAGAAAAGGUGCAUCAGGUCAGGAAGCACGCAGACACCUUCAUUGCACUGUGCACUACAGACAGUACUUUUAUUGCACUACCCCCUUCUAUGGUGGCUGCGGCUAGUAUUGCAGCUGCUGUGACUGGGCUGCGACCUGAGAAUUUGGGGAUGCCCUACUCCAGUGUGGCAACAACAAAGUAUCUUGCACAAGCCAUCCGUUGUGACCCGAACAUACUGAGAAUGUGUCAAGAGCAGAUUGAAGUGUCUUUGGAAUCCAGCCUUCAACAAGCUCAGAGAGACAGGACCCACGACUUCAAGGCUGUUGAGGAGGUUGAGCGAUCUAGCACUCCUACUGAUGUUCUGGACUUUGAUUUGUAAACUCUACUCACGAGCGCCGUUGUCACCGUACAUCACUGGAGAGCUGUACUUUGUGUGACCAGGGACAGGUUCUGUCGUUCCCUUGAACACAAGACCUUUUAUAAUUGCUGUGCAAAAUAUUUCAAAUUUACCCAAAAUUGUUAAAGGGACCAAUGACGUAUUUGUAAAUCAUAGACUGUAGAGUUCCCACUCCCGUUCCUGAAGGAUGCAUUAUUCCAUAUUUACAUUCCUUAACUUGGAGCUUAAACUAAAACGGAUAAGGAACUUAUGUUAUUUCUCCAUGUAAUCUGUAUCCAUUCAUAUGGACAGUACCUUAUUUCAUACGCUCACAUGAAAACAAUAUUAUUUCAUAACUGUUAGUACUUUGUUCUACCUGUGUUUUUAAUUACGUUUGUGUGAUUAUGUAAACAUGUAUUUAUUGAUCCUACUCGGAUACGUAGCAACUGGUGCUGGCAUCCACAGAAAUAUGGCAGCAUCCACUAAGCAACUCUUAACUUUCUGUUUAACCAGUGGGGGGGAGUUUACCCGCUUAGGCACAUCAACGUAUUGUUUUGAGAUUACGUUAAUUUUUUUUUCUAAAUAAUAAAAUUAAAAUUUUUGCUAUUAAAAACAAAAAAACAAAUAGCUGAUGAAAGAGCUUACUGUGUGCAACUAAGUAGUGUACAGAGCACUUUCUGGAUGCACACUCACUGAUGGCUAAUUACAGAGUGCUUCAAUACUCACCAAACUAAUGAUUUCCUAAGUUUAUAAAUAGUUUUUACUGGGGAGAAUUGAACAAAAAUAAAAAAACCAA